AUGACUGACAUGAAUGAAUGCAGUGGAGUUCGUUUAGUUUUGCCUCAGAUCUAUUUAAAAUGGAUGUGCGGCGCUGCUGCGACGUGCGGCACCACUGCUGCUGCAACGGCGACGUGCGGCACUGCUGCUUCUGCGACGGCGACCUGCUCAUCAAUGGAAAACUCAAAUUUAGAUGAGCAACAUACAGAAGUUGAAGUUUCAUUAGAAGAAAGUGAUAGGGAAGAAACAAGACAGAUUGUUUCCGAAAUAGGAGUUGGAAAUUCGAGAGACCCCUAUAUCGGUAAGGAGUUUCAGUCACUUGAUGAUUCAUUUAAAUUUUAUCUCGAAUAUGCUCAUCGUAGCGGUUUUAGUGUACGUCGAGGUCGUAUGACUAAGUCAAGAAAAGAUAAGUCAAUAAUUGGUCAAGAGUUUGUCUGUUCAAAGCAAGGAUUUCGUUCAAAGAAAAAUUUAGAAAGUAAUAAACCACGAGAUGAAACCAGAGAAGGAUGCAAAGUGUUGUUAUAUAUGUCAAAGAAAGAAGAAGUCAAAAAUUCUUGCGAUCAAAAAGAAAAAAAUUUGAUGCCCCAAAAGAAUCUUAUUGAUUUACUUGAUAACUCUGGAGUUCGUCCAAGUAAAAUAGCAUCAGUGUUGAUGAAUCAAGUUGGGGGUAUAGAUCGACUGAAUUUAACAAGUCAAGAUAUCCAGAAUUAUUUGCAAACUAGAAGACAAAAAAAUCUUGAAAAAGGAGAUGCACAAUUAAUGCUACAAUAUUUCCAAAGGCGUCAAUCUGAAAAUCCAGGUUUCUUUUAUGCAAUUCAAAUGGAUGUAGAUGGUCAUUUAGCUAAUUGUUUUUGGGUUGAUGCUAGAUCUAGGAUUGCUUAUAAGAAUUUUGGGAAAGUAGUUGUUUUUGAUCCUACAUAUCUGACAAAUAAAUAUAAGAUGCCUUUUGUUCCAUUUACUGGAGUUAACAAUCAUUAUCAGUCUAUUUUGUUUGGUUGUGCUCUACUUUGGGAUGAAACUCAAGACACUUUUGAGUGGUUACUUCGUACUUGGCAAGAGGCAAUGUUCGGAGUUGCGCCUCAUACAAUCAUAACAGAUCAAGAUUCUGCCAUAACAAAUGCAGUUGCAACACAAGUUUAG